AUGGCGUCAGCGGCGGCAGAACUGGUUGUCGAGAGAGAGCCGGAACCGAUAAUCGAGAUGACGGACACGAAUCGAACAUUCGUGGGCGCUCAAGGGCUGGUGAAAAUGGCCUUGGACCAGUACACGGAAAUCCUCACCACGGUCUCGGAUCCUCGAGUCAGCGACUGGCCUCUGAUGGACUCGCCGAUACCAACGUUUUUAAUCGUCCUUCUCUACCUGUACGGAGUGACGAUACUCGGGCCGCGUGUGAUGGCCAACAGGAAACCGUUCAAACUCAGGGGAACUUUGGUAGCGUACAACGCGUUUCAAGUAGUCUUCUCGUUAGGGAUGCUGUACGAGCACCUGAUGUCCGGCUGGUUGUUAGACUACAGUUACAAAUGUCAACCUGUAGACUACUCCCACAACCCGUCUGCGCUGCGGAUGGCGAAUCUAUGUUGGUGGUAUUUCAUCAGCAAAUUCACAGAAUUCGCUGACACGGUACGUACGAAACCUCGUGAAAUUAAAAGGGCUGAAAUUAAAAAUAUUCUUCAUUCUGCGAAAGAAAGACAGCCAAGUGACGUUUCUGCACCUGUACCAUCACUCUCUAACACCUUUGGAGACAUGGAUCUGCGUGAAAUUCAUCGCUGGAGGACACGGUACUUUGGGAAACCUUAUAAAUAA